AUGCCCUCUGCCACUCGCAUCGCCGAGCUGCAGGCGGAGAACUUUGCGGAGGACGUCGAGGUGCCGCCCGAGGCCGCCGGCUGGAGCGAGGACCGGCUCGUCGCCUUCCUCGAGAGCGGCGGUGUCGAGAGCAGCGCGCAGGGGAGUCUUGCUGCUCCGCUCGGCCGGCGUGCGCGCGUCGCGUGCCUGCACGGCACGGCGGGCAACGAGCGCAUCUUCACGAUCCAGGCCUCGCGGCUUAAGCUGGCGCUCAAGGCGGCCGGCGCCGACUCGGCGGUGUACGAAGGCACCGAGGUGAUUGCUGCCGAGAACCCGCACGGCGCAGCGAUGCGGAAGAUAUUUGGCGACCAGGUGCUCCGCGAGUACGCGCCAGCGCUCCUGGAUGAGGCCGGCAGGCGCACGUACGAGCCCGCCGCCGCCGAGGCUGCGGUCGCGGAUCUCGAGGCGCGCAUCGCCGGCGCCGGCGGCUGCGACGCGGACGCGUGGAAGCGGCUCUUCGCCGCGCCUCUGCCCGUCCCGGCGCUGGUGGUGCGCGGCGCUUCCGACACGGUGUCAGCGGAGGGGCCCGUCGAGCUCGUUGCGCAUUUUCGCGGCGCGCGGCUGGUCGAGCACAAGGAGGGGCACCGGCCGCUGCCCGCGGACAGGGCGGCGGCGGACGGGCUCAUCCGGGACAUCUGCAGCUUUGUGCUGGAGCGCUGCCCGCCUUAA